ACGCAUAUUAUAAAAUGGUUUGGGAUGAAUGCAUGUGUACCGGUAAAAACGCUUUGUAAAAUGUUUAUGGCGUUCUCUGUCUUUUAUUAGGAUUAUACACAUGCAGUCUUUAAGGUAACUUUGCCCCUGAAGAAGAGAAGAUGUCGGUCGUAGAGAAAGUAGAAUUGCAGAUCCAACCAAAUGACAGUAAAGAAAAGGACGUGUCCGUAGUUGAUAGCUUCAAACCAGUGUAUGGUGUAGAAGAUGUUCCACCAUGGUAUCUCUGUAUAUUAUUAGGAUUUCAGCACUACUUAACAGCAUUUGGAUCAACAAUAACGGUUCCUUUUGUUCUGUAUCAAGCCUUAUGUAUCGGAGAAGACGGUGUUGGACUCAGCCAGCUUAUCAAUACGAUAUUCUUUAUGUCCGGGCUGAGUACCCUCUUACAAACCACAUUUGGUAUUAGGUUGCCUAUAAUUCAGGGAGCUACAUUUGCGUUUUUGGCACCCACCACAGCUAUACUUGAACAAAUGGGGGAAUGCUCUAUGGUAAAAGACGACAACGUUACCAUAGCUGUUGGUAGUGAUGAGCACAGAGAAAUCUGGCAUGGACGAUUGAGAGAAGUUCAGGGUGCUAUAAUGAUUGCCUCUUUGACACAAAUUAUAAUUGGUUUCAGUGGAGUCAUGGGUCUUUUGCUACCUCAUAUUGGUCCUUUGGCCAUUGCUCCAACCAUUAGUUUGAUCGGAUUGGCAUUAUUUCCAGCAGCAUAUGAGUUUGCCUCCACUCAGUGGUAUAUUGCUCUUACGACGGUAUUUUUCAUAACCCUGUUUUCCCAGUACUUACAGAAUGUUAGUUUUCCUAUCUUUAAUUAUGACAGACAAAAUGGUUGUCAGAAACAAAAACUGUUCAUCUUCAAACUAUUUCCGGUGUUGUUGGCCAUGCUUCUUUCUUGGUUAUUGUGUUACAUACUGACCGUGACAAAUGUUCUAACUGAUGACGUCAACGGAUGGGGAUACUUGGCUCGAACAGAUACUAAUCCUGGUGUCAUAUCAGAUGCACAGUGGUUUAGAUUCCCUUAUCCAGGCCAAUGGGGAACUCCAACUGCUAGUGUUGCAGGAGUAUUUGGAAUGCUUGCAGGUGUAUUGGCAUCCAUGAUAGAAUCAGUAGGAGAUUAUUAUGCAUGUGCAAAGAUAUCAGGAGCACCACCACCACCCGUGCAUGCAAUUAACAGAGGCAUUGGCAUGGAAGGAAUAGCCUGUGUAUUGGCAGGUGCUUGGGGAUCUGGUAAUGGAACUACCUCAUAUAGUGAGAAUAUAGGAGCAAUUGGUAUUACAAAGGUAGGAAGCAGGAGAGUUGUCCAAGUAGGUGGAAUUAUUAUGAUUUUGUUGGGAUGUCUUGGUAAAUUUGGAGCAUUGUUCGUAACUAUUCCUAAGCCUGUUGUAGGAGGAAUGUUUCUGGUUAUGUUUGGUAUGAUUACAGCUGUUGGUCUGUCAAACUUACAGUAUGUUGACAUGAGAUCAUCAAGAAACAUCUUUAUCUUGGGAGUUUCCAUAUUUUUUGGAUUAUGCUUUCCAUCAUGGAUGUCCAAAAACCAAGAUAAAAUUAACACAGGUAGUGAAAUAUUUGACCAAAUAUUAGCAGUUUUACUUAGUACAAGUAUGUUUGUUGGUGGUGUCGUAGGUUUUGUGUUAGACGUAACAAUUCCAGGUUCAGUUGAAGAAAGAGGAAUACAUAAGAUGAGAAGACAUGACGUUGAUGUAGCCGAUGCAAAACGUGACCCAGUAUACGAUCUUCCUUUUAUUCAACCAUUUUUGGAUAAAAUCUCAUUUAUGAGACACUUACCAUUCUGUCCAACAUAUACACCAUUACAAUGUAACUGUCGUAAAAAUAACUUAAAGGAGGAAAACACUGAAACUCAAACAGACGGCAUAGACAAUGUCAUAUGUGAAAAACUUUGAUUAAGUUAGUUUUUCUACAGUUAAAAAAUUCAAAUGAUGCUGAUGGACAAUACUGGAGAGUUUUUAACUGAAUAUUCGGUUAGGAAAUAAAGCUAAAUAUAUAAUAAGAACAAAGGUAAAGGAGAGAUGUGAUAUGGACCUAACUUGCCUUUAUUUCACUUAAUUGUUACUUGGUGAAACAUUUGCAUGUAUGUCUAUUCUAAAGUUGAAACGAUGCAAAUCCAAACUAAAUACAUAAGCGUAAGUUUCA